AUGUUGGCACGGCGUACAUGCAGCGUCUCAGCCGGCGGCACGCAAAAGCUGCGUUGCGGCCAUGGCGGACAAAGUAUCGCGCUCAGUGCGAAGAGGCAGCGCCCGCCCGAAACAUUCCAAGCACCCCCAUCACGCUCCAGGGAUCCGAGCUCGACGCCGUUUUUGUCUCUCCCACCCCCCGCGGGCAGCAAGCUCAUGUACCAAGUAUCUGGCGAGUACCAGCCCGCAGCUGCUGGCCGCGCAUAUGCUGGCAUCGUCAAGGAGCGCUCCAAGCAUGCAUUUACGAGCAGCGGGUGGCUUUGCAGGGACGGUAACGGGACAGCUGCGUGCCAGCCCUGCGGUCAAGCCAAGCUGCGGCCCUGUGCCGACUGCAACGACGGAGCAGGCCGGGAAGGGCUUCUCGCUCAGUCCAUGAUCUGA